GCCUCCAUGCGGCUCGGGUGCUGCUGCUGCUGCUGCCGGACGGCGCCGCGGAGCAGCACCACGAGCGGGACAUGCCUGGGCGCCUCCCGGGCCUGGGGCGCCGCCACCGCCGGGACUCUUGCCCCACCGCGGCCUCCGCCUGCCUUGCCGGCGGGGACCGCCACCCUGCAAAGGGAUGCGAACGCAGCUCCUCCUUCUGCUCGGCGCCCUGCUUAGACUGGUGUCAGGGAAAGGAGAAGCAAGGUCCACCCCGCGCAGUCUGCCUCAGCCCAUGUCCCCCUCUGAUUUCCUUGACAAGCUUAUGGGCCGGACGUCCGGGUACGAUGCCCGCAUCAGACCCAAUUUCAAAGGACCACCUGUCAACGUGACCUGCAACAUCUUCAUCAACAGCUUCGGUUCAGUCACAGAAACAACCAUGGAUUACCGCGUCAACGUCUUCCUGCGGCAGCAGUGGAAUGAUCCGCGCCUGGCCUACAGGGAGUACCCUGACGACUCCCUGGAUCUGGACCCCUCCAUGCUGGACUCCAUCUGGAAGCCAGAUCUGUUCUUUGCCAAUGAGAAGGGGGCCAAUUUCCAUGAGGUCACCACAGACAACAAGCUCCUGCGCAUCUUCAAGAAUGGAAACGUGCUCUACAGCAUCAGGCUGACACUAAUCCUCUCCUGUCCCAUGGACCUCAAGAACUUCCCAAUGGACAUCCAGACAUGCACGAUGCAGCUGGAGAGCUUUGGCUACACCAUGCACGACUUGAUCUUUGAGUGGGUGAAGGGGGAGGAAGCUGUGCAAGUGUCCGAAGGGUUGACCCUCCCUCAGUUCAUUCUGCGGGAUGAGAAGGACCUGGGCCACUGCACCAAGUCUUACAAUACAGGGAAGUUCACCUGCAUCGAGGUGAAGUUCCACCUGGAGCGGCAGAUGGGCUACUACCUGAUCCAGAUGUACAUCCCCAGCUUGCUGAUCGUCAUCCUCUCCUGGGUCUCCUUUUGGAUCAACAUGGAUGCUGCCCCUGCCCGGGUGGGACUAGGCAUUACCACAGUGCUGACGAUGACCACCCAGAGUGCUGGCUCUCGGGCAUCCUUGCCAAAGGUCUCGUACGUCAAAGCCAUUGACAUCUGGAUGGCCGUCUGCCUCCUCUUUGUUUUUGCCGCCCUGCUGGAGUACGCAGCCGUCAACUUUGUCUCGCGCCAGCACAAGGAGUUCAUGCGCCUUCGCCGGAGACAAAGGCGGCAAAGGAUGGGUCUGGCCAGCCGGACGCCCAGCCUGGAGUCCCUGCAGCAGCAGCUGGAGGACCUGCCCAGCAGCGAGUCCACCUACGAGACCCUCUCUCAAUUCGGGAGCAUCGACUCCAGGCUUCUGCGGGAAGAAGAGCUGCUCCGGAGGCGCUACUUGGACCGGGCCAAGCGGAUCGACACCAUCUCCCGGGCCGUCUUCCCCUUCACCUUCCUGGUCUUCAACAUUUUUUACUGGCUGGUUUACAAAGUGCUUCGCUCGGAGGACGUCCACCCGGCUGCCCCGUGAGCUUUUCCCAGGACUCUGGCAACGGGUGGAGCGGGUUGCAACCAACACUCCCGUCCAUGCUUCUUGCUCUGAGACCAGCCGUCUCUCCUUCUUGGACAAUUUUGUUAAAAUCGUUGCUGAGAAAUUUGGCAAGCGGUGCAUGGCAGAAGGGGGCGCAGAAACCGUGGCUUGCUCAGCUCACCAAGCCCCAAACGUAGUCCUGGGGGCGGCUCCGUCUCGCCAGGUGCCCUGUUUCCAGUCCUAACUGCCAACUGGCCCUGCUCCGGUGGCCUGUCCUCCCUGCAUCCCAGCAAGGGGACAGGAGAUGUCCUGAGUGGACAGAGCCCUCGGAAAUCAGGGCCUGGGUGUCUGUUCUGGAGCAUAGCGAGCUUGCUGCUCUCCGAGCUGCCCCCACCCCCAGAACCUUACCUAACCAGCCUGGCAAGACAGAGGCAGCCCUGCAGAGGGAUGCUGCAUGCAGACUGUUUCCCUGCCUUGCAUUGCCAGUACCGAGAGGUGCCCGUGGUGGCCUCCAUCCUGCAGCCUCUCUCACUGGAGAAACCAGGCAGCGCACCUUGGCCAUGACAGCAGCAGCAGCAACAGGGCGUCCCACUGAAGCCAAGAGGCUGUAAAGACAAGAUAUGCUCUGCCGAGGAGCAGAAGGGAAACGGAACCCACAAGUGCUGCAACUCUGCCUUGUUGUGGGUGGGAUGCCUAGAAGGUCUUGGGGGUCAGCGGGGGGUGGUGGUGGUGGUGUCACUCCUCUUACUUAAGGGAAAGCAAAGGGGCGCAGCUGUGUUGAAGCAGACUGUACGUGAUCUCAGGCCUGGUAGUCAGCACAUGCACCUCUUCCCCCCCCCCCCGAUUAUUCUACCUUUGCUAUGAGAGGUGAUUUGAGGUUAGGCAUCUCACCUGUACGGUGAGGUGGUGGGCACCCCUCGCCAAAGAGCGUAAGCAGAAUCCAGGUGGGGCCUGCACUGGGGAGAUUCCUUCUCUGCCCUGGGCAGCCCCUUCUUGGCCCCCUCUGAGCUUCCUUCUAAGGCAAACUCCAAGCCGCUUGCAGGAGAGAACAGCUGGAUUGCACAGUCCAUGGCCACCUGCCUCAGAGCCAGGGGCUCCAGAAGGGCCCACGUUGGAGCCCCAGUUCCCAGGAGUGGACCUGCCAUGCCACUGAACACCUUCCUUGCCCACAGACUGGCACCUGCAGCCUCAGGAGCCCCUGAAAGGCUGGCCCCGCUCCUGCGCCUUUUCUCUGUUCCGGGAAUUGAGGCCAAGAGGGCCUUUGUCUCCAUCCUGAUUCAGGCAGGAGGAAAGGAGGUGCGGAUCCUUGCAGCACGCCAGAGAGCCCGCGUCCCUUCUCUCCAUCGAGUCAGGCCUUUGUCUGUGGGCAAGGGGGUGCCCGCCGUGCCUUGAGAGGUGCCACAGCUCCCUUUAACGGCCUUCUGCACAAGUCACUCACAGCCAAGCGGGCUAUGGGCCAGCUGAGGGGCCACUAGGCCACCUGAAGCCGUGUCAGAUCCAAGCCCUUCCUGACCCUGGAAGUGAGAAAGGACCCAGAGGUCCCCUGGCGUGGUGCCUGCCCAGCUGGCUCUGAGCCUAGGCUGGCGGAGAAACGCCGCUCCUCGCUCCCACCUUCUUAAAAAGCAGACUCUUGCUCGGGCGGCAAAAAGGAAAGGCUGAGGGGAAGCCCCCUGCCCUCAAGGUGAGCCUCAGCUGACAAACGGAGGGUCCUUUGGGGACAUGGCAGCUGCUCCGAGUAGGGAGCAACUCAAGGGCUGCGUUUCAAAAGGAAACCUCCGGCGAAAGCCACCUCAGCCCUGGGAAGCCUCGGGGCCCCCUUGCCAGUCCACCCCGGAAGGGCAGGCCCUGCGCUUGCACUUUAUGCAGGGAAAAUGGCCCCAACUCAGGUCUCCCCACCCCACCCCCACCCCCACCCAAAAAAAGAUAAUGGAGCAAACCCAGGGACCAGGUGACCUGGCAGCCGUGCCCUCUCAGUCCCCCCCCCCUCGCACCAGAGAGGAGGGGAGAGGAGGCUCCAGGUGGGACAUCCAAGACGGAGGCAGCGCCCUGCAGAAAAAGGAGAUGUGUUUGGCCCGUGGGAGGGGGUGGCCAGAGGACGUGGCAGGCCUGGUCUGGCCCAGCAGCAUCAGAAAGGGGCCCCAAGUGGGCCCCCUCCCUCCCUCCCUCCCUCUCUGGGCCCCUCAGUCCCAGACGGAGCCCCCCUCGCUUUGCCUGCCCGCCAACGCCCAGGCUGUCCCUCUUUGGGCCACCCGCUCUUCUUCCAGACAGAGGCCGGGACGGUGUCUCUGCCAGGAGGAGGAAGCGGUCGGUGCCACAUCCCUGCCAGCCGUUCCCCCUUGCCAGCAUGGCUUCCCCAGGAGGGAAGGAUUGGGACCCCUGGUCUGAGCUACAGCCUGGUUGUUCACAGGACUCACGAGCAGGGAAAUGACUCCUGGGCAUAUCAAACCUGUACAAGAUCUGGAGGAAUGGCUGCCGUUUUAAAAACAAUGCAUUUUUAAACAACUCUGAUCUUCCUA